AUACGACGCCGUGAAACUCCUCAUCCACCGACCGAAGAUUUCGAGAUGGACUUUACUGUACAUCGAGCCCUAUGUGGCCCAUGGUACGGCCCGUUGCCGCCUCCGCACUCGCCCUCCACCGUUUCCCUUCCACUCUCUCGCUCGCCAACGCCGCUCGUGCCGAUUACGCCUCGUACCGCUCCGGUUGCUCGGUUGGAAGACUGUCAGCAAUGGAAACAGCCGGACUUGAUUCUGACGGUCACCAGUUCAAUAGCGCGGACGAGAUGUGGACGGAAUACACCGGCGAUGAUUCAAAGAAGGAUCAGUGGUACCGCGACGGCGUUUCGUACUGGGAAAAGGGAGUGGAGGCGUCAGUGAAUGGGGUUUUGGGCGGGUAUGGCCAUGUCAAUGACGCCGAUGUGAAGGACAGUGGAGUUUUCAUUAGGAGCCUUUUCUCCGAGCUGUUUGUGGACGGUGGAAGGAAUCGGCCUCUUGUGGCGCUUGAUUGUGGCUCGGGCGUUGGAAGGAUAACCAAAAAUCUUCUGUUGAAGUAUUUUAAUGAGGUUGAUCUUCUGGAACCGGUGAAACAUUUUCUGGAUGCUGCUCGCGAAAGUCUGAGCGAUGCUAAUGUGGCAGCGGGAUCAGAUACACAUAAGGCUAGUAACUUCUUCUGUGUUCCACUUCAGGAAUUCACACCUGAGACUGGAAGAUAUGAUGUCAUCUGGGUUCAAUGGUGCAUUGGGCAUCUCACAGACAAUGACUUCGUCUCGUUCUUUAACAGAGCAAAGGCUGGCCUCAAGCCCGGUGGUUUUUUCGUGAUGAAAGAGAACAUUGCAAAAAGUGGUUUCGUAUUAGACAAGGAUGACAGGAGCAUCACCAGGUCUGAUUUGUACUUCAGGGACCUCUUUCGUCAAUGUGGACUGCAUUUGUACAAAACAAAGGACCAAAGAGGAUUUCCUAAGGAGCUAUUUGCAGUGAAGAUGUAUGCCUUGACACCUGAUGUGCCAAAGAACGCCUAUAAUACUGGUCAUGCAGCGGUCUUCUUCCUCGUGAUCAUCUUGUGCUGCCUGCUGGCGCCGGCAUUGUGCAACGCCAAAAAGGAGUUGGAUACGAAAUGUGCUCCGGCGAGAAACGCAACAGGAAGCUGUUUCGACUAUGUCACCGGGAAGGCGAAAGCCAUACCCGUCCCGUCCAAGUGCUGCCAGGACCUUGCCGGCUAUCUGGACACGCUCGAAACCGCUGCUGAAAGAAAAGCGGCCUGCUUCUGCUUUCUCAACCAAUACAGGCACCCGGACGUUAUCCAACGCCGGGUCGAUAAAGUUUCCAGCGAUUGCAGCUUCCCCUCCCUGAAACCGGACACCGACUGCAACCGCGUAAGGUAACAAGACGCCAUACUAUGGAAUAUGGAUGCGAUGAUGAUUCCGGUAUGAAGCUCAGAUUACUAAAAGAUCGAGCAUGCCUGAUUUGCGACAACAGAGAAAACAAAAAAAAUAUGAGAACACUGUAUUGAGUUUUGAG